AACGCCGAUGAUGAGAAACAGAGCUGAGAUAAGCGGUUCGAUGAAGCAGGUGCGGUGAGUUAUCUCUCUUCGUGUUUAUGAGGAAAGUUUCAGUUCGUUAUCUUUAUCACUUCGGAGGCGUAUCGCUUCAAAAUUGAUAUUUACGUACCGGUGAUUGUACCUUUUAUUUCUUACAGAAUCUGCAUCAAAAUCGAAUUCUCGAUAUCUGUAUUCUUUAAAACCAUGAACUUUUGAUUCAGUUGAAUUAAAUUUUGCUCGUGGAAUCAUGCCUAGAGUCAGUUUCACAAUAAUUUGGAAACUUGAAAACUUCACUUUCCUUCCCAAGACAUCACAGCAUGAACAGGUUACGAGUCCACUUUUUGUGGCUGAUAAUAUGGAGAAGACGAGCUGGAAUCUGCUGCUACGUACCCCCGCAUACUCUCAGACUGGAUAUUCUAAUGAUGACGAAUUUCGCUUCUACCUUUCUAAAAGUUCGCAAACGGAACCAAACCUCAUUUCUGUCGACUACGAACUCUCUAUUCUGUCGAGGCGUGGCUUAAAAGAGAAAUCUGUUUCAGUAAAUAAAUUUCGGUUUCACAUGGGUAAUUCUCUCGGAACUCCUCUUUGUAUACCACGGGAUGAAAUAUUUGAUAAAAGAGAAAUUCUGCCAGGGGAUACAUUAACAGUGCAGUGUAAGAUCUGGUAUAAUCAUAAUCAGUGCAACUUGGAACCUGGUUUUAGCUUGGCUCGUACUCGAAUCGAUGCUGAACGGAAAUUGUUCACAUGGAAAAUUGACAAGUUCAGCACUUUCUGUGCCGGUGAUCAAAGAUCUGUUAGCGUACUACUGUUCUCAAGCCAGCAUAUAUGUGUUACAUUAACACUUCUGUUAACCGACGGCUGGGGAUCAUUUACUGAAGAAGGUAAUAUUAAGAUAGAACUUAAAGGAAAAAGCAAAGGGAAAAGUUGCUACUUAAUGCUUGGAAUUUCAGUUCAAGAUAAAAAUGAUGAACCCGCGCAUCAGUUUCAAGAGGAAUUAAAACUAAAGAAAGAAAGUGAAAAAUUUUAUUUGUCUUUUAUUCUGAAGAGGAAGCAACUACUCGAAGCUAAAGACUCGCUUCUUCCAGGGGAUGUAUUGUCUCUUAAAUUAGACAUGGUAGCUUAUGAUGUAGUCUUUAACCAAAGGGAGCUUUCAGUUUUCGGUCACAAUGCAGAAUCGGAACUGAGAGCAGCUCUCAACAAUACGAACUCGCCAUUUCACUUAGGAAAAAGGAAGAGACAUUCAAGUUCAAAUUCAUUGACAAAUGACCUGAAAUAUUUAUUUGAAGACAAACAGCAUGCUGAUAUUAGCCUUCGAGUUCAGACUGAGACAUUUCCUGUCCAUAGAGCUAUCCUGGCUGCUAGAUCAUCGGUCUUCAAAACUAUGUUUGAUACUGAUAUGAAAGAAAAAUUCACCAAUACUAUCGAAGUAAGCGAUAUCGAACCAGACACAAUGCGACGGUUAUUGCUAUACAUCUACAGUGAAAACUGGGAUAGUGAUAUUCAGUGGGAAAAUGUUUCCAGUCUCUAUUUGGCUGCAGAGAAAUACUCUGUUCUGGGUUUGAAAGUAAAGUGUUCUUCUUAUUUGAGGGCGAAUAUAAGCGCUACAAACGUAGGCGAAAUAUUUGUUUUGGCAGACAUGCUGGGUGAUGCUGACCUGAAGGAUUUUGUACUGAAUUUUAUACAAGAUAAAUAUGAGCAAGUCAUAAAUUCAAAUGAAUGGAAACAUUUUGCGCAGGAGCAUCCGCAACUGACUAUUGAUAUCCUGACUCGCUUGUACAAGAGUGUAAAGCAAUUCUGACUGAAGACAAAGAUCAAGUUGUCAGUUCUGUCGGCUUCUGUAAAGGUCCAGAAUUGUUUCUUUCUUUUGAAAAAAUGUUCGUCAAUUUUUAAAUUGUUAAUACAGACAAAUAAAUCUGAAAAAAGCUGGUGAUGGCGGACUUGCUCAUCUAAUUUAUAAAAAUGAUUUUGGACUUUUUUUUUUUUUUUUUAACUUUUAGAGCAGAAUGCAUUUUGGUUUGCAAAAUUGAAAAUGGAAACUUUUUGAAGGUUGUUGAAUAAUGCAUAAAAUAAAGAGUUUUUUUUUUUUUUAUCAAAAACUUUGGAUGUGCGAAAUCACAAUAAAAUGCUUCAUCGUCUUUCGAAGGGCUGGAAUCUGUUAUUAUGUUGCAAUUACAACAACGAACAACGACGAAUCUUUAAAUAUUCUUUAGUUUUCAAUUUGCUAAUUGAGACUAUCUAAUUUAUCAGCAGGUAAUAUUUACAAGAUCAUCAUCGUACGGAAUCAUUUAUUUAAAAUUUUAUAAAAUAUUAUUUUAAAUUGAUUUUUUUUUUUAAAUUUUUGACCUAGAAUACAUUUUGAUUCAGGAGAUUCGUGCAAUUGGGAAUGAAGACUUUCCCACUAUUAUAAAAUAAGUUAUACUGAAUGUAAUAUAAAUGAAUAUUUUUAAAUUGUUGUAUACAAGCUGGAAAUGUUUCUAUCUGCAUUUCGAAAUUGCAAUUGUACUUAUUUUUAUUUCCCUUUAUUAUAAUAAUACAACUAAAUUUGUAAAAUGCAAGAAUUUUGAUAGGCAUUAAUAUGUUUUGAAAAAGUAUAUAUAUUUUUUUCCUUGUUUUCUUGCUAGAAAAUAAUUGUUUUAACUUCUUAGUUGUGAAUGAAUUACUGUAUAGUACCUUGUAGCAGUUGCAUUAUUCUGUCUUCUCUUUUGGAUAAUAGAUGGCGAUGCCUGAUUAGGUGCGCAUCCCAUAAUGCAUUGCGAUUGUAAUGUAAUGAGAUGAGUUGCUGUUCUGUAAAAGUGUGCGCUCGAAAAUGUCUUGUCUUCGUGCUUGGUGUGAAAUGUGAUCAUUAAAGAAAUGUUACCGAAAACAUGGUUUUUCUUGCUUCCACUGUACGGAUCAUAAUGAUCUUCAUUCCAUCACAACCUGAAUUUGGAAUGUGAAAGAAAGAAAUUUGAUUGGAAACUGCAUUGAAUGUUGUUAAACAGAAUAAAUAUUUGGAAAAUCA